UGAGGCUGUAGUAGGAGCCGAAGGACCCGAACGGGCGCGCGAGGGAGGCGACGAGCAGGGAGCGAUCAGCGAGGGCGGGCAAGGGCUGGCGAGGGCGGGCGAGAGAGCGAGGCCGGCCUCCUCCCCGGCGGCUCUCGGGGCCUGGGUCCACGCCGAGGGCGGGACAAACUUCACCAGGUAAUUCUUCCUGCAGGAUGAACUAAUGAAUCAUAGAAGGGGAUAAUUACUCAUCAGGAAUGGAGAGCAGCUUGUCUGUUUCCACUAUGCAAGACCCUUCAUCUUCACCCUUGGAAAAGCAUCUUGGUUCAGCGAAUGGAAAUGGAGAUCUUGAUUCAGCAGAAGAAGGCUCCAGCUUGGAGGAAAUCGGCUUUAACUGGGGAGAAUAUUUGGAAGAAACGGGGGCCAGUGCUGCGCCUCACACGUCCUUCAAACAUGUUGAAAUCAGCAUUCAAAGCAACUUCCAGCCGGGAAUGAAAUUGGAGGUGGCAAACAAGAACAACCCAGACACGUACUGGGUGGCCACCAUCAUCACCACGUGUGGCCAGCUGCUGCUCCUGCGCUACUGUGGCUACGGGGAGGACCGCAGGGCUGACUUCUGGUGCGAUGUGGUCAUCGCCGACUUGCACCCCGUGGGCUGGUGCACGCAGAACAACAAGGUGUUAAUGCCGCCAGACGCAAUCAAAGAGAAGUACACGGACUGGACAGAAUUCCUCAUCCGUGAUCUGACGGGUUCCAGGACGGCGCCCGCCAACCUUCUGGAAGGUCCUCUACGAGGGAAAGACCCUAUAGACCUCAUUACAGUUGAUUCCUUAAUAGAACUUCAGGAUUCUCAGAGCCCUUUUCAGUACUGGAUAGUUAGUGUGAUUGAAAAUGUUGGAGGAAGAUUACGCCUUCGCUAUGUGGGAUUGGAGGACACUGAAUCCUAUGACCAGUGGUUGUUUUACUUGGAUUACAGACUUCGACCAGUUGGUUGGUGUCAAGAGAAUAAGUACAGAAUGGACCCACCUCCAGAAAUCUAUCCUUUGAAGACGGCCUCUGAUUGGAAAUGUGCUCUGGAAAAAUCCCUUAUUGAUGCUGCAAAAUUUCCUCUUCCAAUGGAAGUAUUUAAGGAUCACGCAGAUUUGCGGAGCCAUUUCUUCACAGUUGGGAUGAAGCUGGAGACAGUGAGCAUGAGCGAGCCCUUUCACAUCUGUCCUGCAUCAGUGACCAAGGUUUUUAGCAAUCAUUUUUUCCAAGUGACUAUGGAUGACCUACGACCGGAAGCUAGUAAACUCUCAAUGCUGUGCCACAUGGACUCUUUGGGGAUCUUGCCAGUACAAUGGUGCCUUAAAAAUGGAGUCAAUCUCACUCCUCCCAAAGGUCACUCCGGCCAGGACUUCGACUGGGCAGAUUAUCUCAAGCAGCAUGGGGCGGAAGAAGCACCUCCCUUCUGCUUCAGAAACAUGUCCUUUAGUCGAGGUUUCACAAAGAACAUGAAACUCGAAGCUGUGAACCCCCGGAAUCCAGGAGAACUCUGUGUGGCCUCUGUUGUCAGCGUGAAGGGACGGUUGAUGUGGCUUCACCUGGAAGGGCUGCAGACUCCUGUGCCAGAGGUCAUUGUUGACGUUGAGUCCAUGGACAUCUUCCCAGUGGGCUGGUGUGAAGCAAAUUCUUACCCACUGACGACACCACACAAGACAGUCUUACAGAAGAAGAGAAAGAUCGCAGUUGUACAACCGGAAAAACAAUUGCCAUCCACAGUGCCUGUUAAAAAAAUACCUCAUGAACUUUGUUUAUUCCCUCACCUGGACACUACAGGACCUGUCCACGGGAAGUAUUGCUGCCCUCAGCUCUUCAUCAACCACAGGUGUUUCUCAGGCCCUUACCUGAACAAGGGGAGGAUUGCAGAGCUGCCUCAGUCUGUGGGGCCUGGCAAAUGUGUGCUGGUUCUUAAAGAGGUCCUAAGCAUGAUCAUCAACGCAGCCUACAAGCCGGGGAGGGUACUCCGAGAGCUGCAGCAGGUGGAAGACCCCCGCUGGAAUUUUCAGGAGGAGACGCUGAAGGCAAAGUACCGAGGCAAGACGUACAGGGCUGUGGUUAAGAUCGUGCGAACGUCUGACCAAGUAGCCAAUUUCUGCCGCCGGGUCUGUGCCAAGCUGGAAUGCUGCCCGAAUCUGUUCAGCCCUGCUCUCAUCUCUGACAACUGCCCAGAGAACUGCUCUGUCCACACCAAAACCAAGUACACCUAUUAUUACGGCAAGAGGAAAAAGAUCAGUAAGCCUCCCAUCGGGGAAAGCAGCAUCGAAGGUGGACACCCCAAGCCGUCCCGGCGGAGGAAGCGGCGGAAAUCCAUCUUUGUGCAGAAGAAACGGAGAUCUUCCACUGUGGACUUGGCCACAGGCUCAGGGGAGGAGAGUGAAGAAGAUGACGCAGACGCCGUGGACGAUGACACAGCGAGUGAGGAGACCGGCUCCGAGCUCCGCGAUGACCAGACAGACACCUCAUCUGCAGAGGUACCCUCGGCCCGGCCCCGGAGGGCCGUCACCCUGAGGAGUGGCUCAGAGCCUGCACGCCGGCCGCCCAUGGAGAGGACGCGGAGGGGCCGCAGAGCGCCAGCUGCCUCCUCUGCAGAGGAGGGAGAGAAGUGCCCACCUGCCAGACCCGAGGGGACAGAGGACACAAAACAGGAAGAGGAGGAGAGGCUGGUUCUGGAGAGCAACCCGUUGGAGUGGACGGUCACCGACGUGGUGCGGUUUAUCAAGCUGACGGACUGCGCCCCCUUGGCCAAGAUAUUUCAAGAGCAGGACAUUGAUGGCCAGGCACUCCUGCUGCUCACACUCCCCACUGUACAGGAGUGCCUGGAGCUGAAGUUGGGGCCCGCCAUUAAGCUGUGUCACCAGAUCGAGAGGGUCAAAGUGGCCUUCUAUGCCCAGUACGCCAACUGACAGCCCCUCGGGAGAUACCCUCUGUCGCUGUGAUGUAGUUUGUGACAGGACUGACUCUUUGACUCUCUGGGACCCGUGAAAUGGCAUGUGCCUGACGUCCCGCCAGAAAGCCUGCAGCCUGGAACCCCCCACCCCCAGCCUGACCAAGACGUCCAGACUUCUGUGUCCUCAGAGGGUAGGGCCACAGUCCUGGAAAGGUUAAUCGGAAUCUACGUGGGACCUGGCAGGACGCAGACAGACCACUUAGUAAAUCCCCACUUCGCCUUUCCCUCACCCGAGGGGCAGCGCCCUCUGAACGAAGCUUGCAAACAAGAGUGUGAGAGAGGAGGAUGCCUAACUGCUGGGACAGCGUCCGCUGUCAUCACUCACAGGCACAUCUGGAGACGCUCCUUCCUGGUCCAUCUCCAACCCUGCCAAGCAUCAAACGCCAUCACUGCAGCUGGAUCUUGGUGGCACCUCCUUUCUCAGAGACAGCUGUGGGUGAUGCUUCAGGGUGCCAUCGUCAGAAGAUGAACUAAAGCUCCACCCUCAGUCAGAGGGGCCAUGUCAGGAGUGGUGGGAGCAAAGGAAGCCGCAUCUAGUCAGCAGUCGCCUGUGUCCUGAUUUAAUUGCAGUCGGAUCGGGAGUGACUGGUUAGGGAAAUGUAGGGUUGUACACUGAAGGAAAAGCUUACCUUCAGAGAGUAAGAGUGGGAAGAGAUUGAAAGUGUUUCCUGAAGUAGCUGUCCUGUAGAAGGCUCAUCACAGCAGGUCCCUGCAGAACUGGGUGGCCCUUAGUUUCACAUGGCUUGUGGCGUGUACAGGAGGCAGGACAAGGUGUGUGCCCCGGCUUGAUGUGUCACCAUGAGCACCGGGUCCUCGUCAGCCACUUCCCACCCUGACUUUCCUCAUAUGACAUGGAAGCUGUGAUCCUGGUAACUAACUCAGCACCUCUCCAGGCCUCAGGUCUUAUAAAAUGCCAAGCUCACUAAGACAGGAGUGUCUCAGCGAGCACACCGUCUCCCCCUUGCCCUUAUUCCCCGUGUGCUGGAAGGAAAGAUACAGAUUGGCCAAAACAGGGAGAAAACAAACAACCAACCAAAGACCAAGACGUGUGUGUGACAGCAGCUUUAGCCCAGGGCUCUGCAGCUCACGCUGGCUGUGAGGUUGCUGAUGAAAUUUCUCGGGCGGCUUCAUUGCAUCUGCCAAGUCGUUUGCAGGUGAGUCCGAGGCUCUGCGAGUUGCCUGGCCUUGCGAACCAGCCAUCACCUGCCCAUUCCCAUGAGCGAUGCCGUAUGUCCAUCCAGACCAGGCGGACCAGGAUUUUCUGACACGGUGGUUGCCUAAAUGCCUUUUGAAGCCAAACCUUCACACAGUGCAGAGGUGCGUGUGGAAAGCACCAGCUUCACACCCUCCUGUUGCUUUUCUUCAGGUAAUGACCUUGAGUUCCUCUCACUGAGUCAAAUUUCGACACUUCCCAUAAGGUCAUGAGGCGGGCAUCCUAGCUGCUUGUGUGGCCCGCAACAUUUUAAGGCACGAUUGUUGGGUUUGGGGAACUUUGCUGAUGCUGACCUUCCUUGACAUUUUGUAAUGGUGAUGGAUGAAAAAUAGAAAACUGAUGUUUUGUGCUUGAGGCUUUUUUGUCACCCUGCAGCUGGUUUCCACAGCCUAAGUUGAAGGUCAGUGGCGGGGGUCUGCCCAGGACACCAGGUGGGCAGAGCAUGUCUUGCCUGCUCAGUGCCUGCUCUGUCCUGAGGACGGACCGUCUCUGGGAUGUAGCAGGGACGGCUUGUAGCAGAGAUCUGUCUCCUAAGUGUGAGUUUGUGGACCUCUCCUCGGUGUCACGCCCCGCCUCCUCAGACACACGCUGCUGGCCUUAAGUGCUCACCCUGUGUGGUUAAACUCCCUCACAGGAUUGGAAAAGGCACCCAUGCCAAGGUCUCUGGCAUGUUCCCUGUGCAGGCUCCUUCACAAUCCUUCAGUGGGGCCUUUCCCAGCUGAGCUGUUUCUGUGGCAUCUGAGAUGGGGACGAGGGAACGUGAUGGCCACAACUUGUAUAUUUGGGGGGAGUGUCACUUCUCUUGGCCUUGCUGGUGAUGACAUGGAGGAGGGUGGGUACCUCAGAGUGGGGAGAGCUUCUGGGGGUCCCAGGAGCCCAUCCAGAGGGCUAGAGGGCAGCCUGGACAGGAUGUGGACAGCUUAGCUGGGGAAAGGACUCUUUAUCCUUCAGCCCUGCAGUUUACCUCUGGUGCCUCGUGUGGCUGCAGUCACUGGGUCUGUUGGGCUCAGCUCUGUAUGUACCUGGUAAGGAGGAGAACGCCGGGACCAGGCAGAAGAGGCCCCACCUGGCUGUCAUCACGGAGGUGACCUGUCUCUCCUCUGGGGAAGCCGAGAGUCACUUCAGGACUGAGGACUGUUGUCAGUGUCCUCAGGAACGGGGACUCUUUGGGGACUUCCAUCACGGUGUGUCCCUCUCCACCUCGGCAGCGAUUCUGCUACAGGAUGGUGCCAUGGUUUUCAUUUCUCUGUAGGAUUUACCUCUCACCAGCUUCUGUCUUAAACAUAGGGCCAGUUCUCAAGGAACAUUUUGUUGUUUUGUGUCCUUGUUGCUUAUGGUCUACAUGCCAACAAGUGAUGAACCCCCUGUCCCUCCACGGAUGGCACCAUUUCCUCUGCGUCUCCCUUGGACCGUCCUUUGGGACCAAAGCCAUCUCCUCUGUGCCCCUGGGCCCCGGGCACGUAGUGCCGCUCAUCACCUCCUGCGACUGGCCCAUCAGGCACUCUGCAGUCUGUUGUGUGCACACCCUGAGACACAGAAACGUCACCCCAACGUGAAUGAUCACAGCCUCUCCCGCGACCAGCCCCUAAGACUAGCCAAGCUUCUUCCAGCCCCUUCCCCCCCUUAACUGCAUUUGUCCUGUGUUGUAAAAAUAUCCUGCCCGCAAAGAUGUAAUUGUAACAGCCUAAAAAGAACAGGGUCCCCUGGCAUUGCAGAACAUCUUUGCUUUUCAAAAACAAAAAAGACAGUUAACUUCACCAUGCAGCUCCGUACCCCGCGGAGCUCAUCUGCCACUUUGGACACUCGAUCCAUUUGAUCCGAGUUUGCGUCUCACACGGUGUUGGAUCUGUACAGCACCAAGGUCCCUCGCCUUCUGCGAUCAUACGUGAAAGAUUAUAUUUCCUGGACUCACUUUGAUUUGUUCUUCAGGGAAUUACAACGAGCCAAACCGUUAGCACUAGCACUGCCAUCUCUGCCCCUUGCUCUGAUCUCUGAGGGCUGGGUCUGCUCGGCCGUCAAGAUUGGUCUCAUUUGCCUAAUUUAUCUCUUAGAAUUGUGAGUGUGUAGGCAGGUUCCGGGAUUUGCCAAACACUCCCUUCUGAGAGCGCCUUCUCCUUGGCUUUUUGGGGGAUUUUCAUACUUAUUUUGCAGAACACCCAUCUGUAUUUAUUUCUGUAUAUAGACCUAAAACACAAAACAGCAGUGUUAAAAAUCUUGGAUGGGGUUUGAGAGUCACUGCUGCUUUGGGGUCAAGAUGGUGAAUCUCGGCUUCAUCUACUCUGCUUUCCCUCUUUAGAAAGCUGUGAUCGAGUGUGCAGCUGCUCGAAAGGAAGGAUAGGGAAUUAAGACACUUUUAGUCUUAAAGAGAGAAGUUGUUGGAGAGACGUCCACAUCGCCACGUCUCUUUGGUGCAGUAAUUAAGUAGCAGGGGAGGCUGCAUCGCAGCUGCCACAGUCUGAUAACUCCGAUACUCGGUCGAAAAGUUCCCUGAAAAUAUUUUACUCCCUUUACCUUGGUUGAGUUUUUAAGUUAAUUGAUCCUCAUCUAGCUUUUGUCACUAGAGUGGUUUAUAGAUACACAAAAUGUGAUCAUGGUAAAAUUGAAUUGUAUUAUUUUUGACCCACAUAAUUUACCUCAAAAUGGUAAUUGCUGACAUAGAGUGCUGCCUGCCUGGGCUUUUGGUGCAAAGCCUCUGUAGUUUGAAUGAGAAAUAAGAUUGCAGACAGCUUCCUGAGCCACCGUCUUUCCACGUCAGAGGUUUGUGUUGAGUGGCAAGGAUUGGGUCCCACUGAGCAUGUGGGUCACUGUCACCUACGGAGGCAGAGCCGCGCGCCAGGUGGCUGAAGGGACGCGCUGAGGAAGGAACAUUCCAGGACAAUCAUUUGCUAAAAAUCACCUGAAGAUGGAAAAUUUGAGGCGAACUUUUUCAAUGACAGAAAAUGUGUUCAUCUCGCUUGUUCAGAACGGAAGGUAGCGUGUUCUCUAUGAGAGGAAACUGCCCGGCUGUGGAUGUCGAGAGGCCUCUUGCUGUUCUACGUCCCACGUCGAAGCGUUUGUGUAGAAAUUGGAUUCCAAUCUUGUGUAUGUUUUGGUGCAUAAGUGGGAAGAAUUGGUGUGUUUUCAGAUUUGCAGGACAAAGGGCAUGCUUUUAGUUUGCUGUAAGAUUGUAUUCUGUAUAUAUGCUUUCAUGUAAAUAAAUGAAAAUCUAUAUCAGAGUUAUAUUUUAAUUUUUAUUCUAAAUGAAAAGAAAACCCUUUUUACUUGAAAAAAUUGUAAGCCACAUUGUUAAUAAAGUAAAAAUAAGUU